UUAGUGUUUUUGGAUUAUAUACUGUUUCGUAUUUUCUUUAUUGUUUAUUUCAUUAACUUGUAAAUAAAUCUUAAAUCGUGCCAUUCUAUAUUCAUGUUCAAAUUUUUGUUUUAAUUGUAAUGGAUAUAGGACAAUUUAUUAAAGGCAUGCCAAAGGUGGAGCUUCAUGCACACCUUAACGGUUCUUUGAGCACAAAGACACUUAUAGAGCUCGGAAAAUUGGAGUAUGGAGAAAGCAAUAAUGAAUUUCAAAGAAUUUGUGAAAGCUUCCAGCAAAAGCAAGAGUUUACUUUAGAAGAGUGUUUCAAAAAGUUCCCAAUAGCCCAUGCCUUAACUAAAACUAAAGAUGGCUUAAGGCGAGCUUUACUUUCUGUAAUAAGGGAUUUUGCUCUGGAUAAUGUUGUUUAUCUGGAAUUGCGUACAACCCCUAAAACUACCACCAAAAUGUCCAAAACGGAGUACUUAGAGACAGUUUUCGAAACAAUACGUCUAGCAAGCUCCAUGUAUCCCGACAUUUGCGUCAAGUUGUUGCCGUCCAUUGAUCGAUCAAAAGGAAUAGAAUUUGCAAAAGAUACAGUUCAUUUAGUCUUAAAAGCUCUAAAAACUCAUGCGGAUUUAAUAAAGGGUAUAGAUUUAAGCGGAAAUCCUGCAUCAGGUUCUUUCAAUGAUUACACAAAAAUACUGUCUGAAGCUCGAAACAACAAUUUAAAACUAGCACUACAUUGUGCUGAAAUUGACAAUGAUGGAGAAACUUAUGAAAUGUUACAAUUUGGAAUGGAUAGAUGUGGCCACGGGACAUAUAUGUCAUCGCAAAAUUUGAAUAUCGCAAAAGAAAAACAAAUUCCAAUUGAGUGUUGCCUUACAAGCAAUGUCAAGUGUGGAACAGUGAAAUCGUACCAAGAACAUCAUUUUAAAAAUCUUUACUCAUCAAAACAUCCCGUUGUUCUAUGUACAGACGACUCCGGAGUAUUUGACACGACUUUGUCCGAAGAAUUUAUAAUAGCCCAAAAAACGUUUGAUUUGAAGAAAAAAGAUCUAGAGGUGCUUUCUUUGAGGGCUGUUGAUGUUUCAUUUGCAAGUCCAUUAGAAAAGGAAGUUAUGAAAACAAAAAUUUGUAAAUAUUUUUAUGAUUAAUAAUAAAUUGAAAUUGUAUGAAUUAUA